AUGCCUAUCUACCACGGCACGGUGGACGAGGCCCUGAAUGUGCAGAACUAUCAUGAGACGAUCAGGCAGUGGACGGGGUUGUUGGGUACUUGCCGCACCGUAGUCGCAGACUUCCCUAGGAGCCCGUAUACCAAGUACGUGUUUAGAGAGAAGUUGCAGACCUCAGGUGGUUCGGAUUCGUGGCACCUUGCCAGCCCCGACGACUCCUGCCACUACGAGCGGCGCUUCCACGACGCUGAGGAUUGGCACAAACUGGACGGCAGGAGUGACGACAACCACGGCGGCCGGAGGAUCCGGGACGGCACCUAA